GGUUCAAAAUCGACUUUCUUGCAACUUCUUUUCCUCGACUUCGACAGUUUCCUCUUCUGUCAGAAUCUUCAAACUGAUGGACUGAGACGAAACCCUCGAGCAAAGUGCUAGUUAUACUUUCACAAAAAUGUAUCCUUUUCUACUUAAUCAAAAACACACUCUAACAAUCCUCAAAACCCACAAAAGAUAUAACUUUAUCACUCAUCUUCUAAAUCCUGCUUCUAAAUCUAGCUUUAGAUGUCUCCAAACAAUAGAAACCUCUCAAAACCCGUAUAAAGAACCAUUUUCUGCAGCAACAACCCUGCCUGAUUCUUUAUUGGUGGAGAAGAUCAUCUUCAAUUUAAAGCAUGGUAAUGUAAAUUCUCUGCUUUCUUAUCAACUUCGCUUGGACGCAUCAGUUGUUGUUGAUGUUUUACGUCGUUGUAAUGGUAAUUUGCAACUUGGUCAAAGGUUUAUUGAUUCGUUAGUGCUAAAUGGUUCAAACUUUAAGCAUUCAUCCGUUUCAUUGAGUGCAAUGGUUCAUGUUUUUGUUCGUAGUAGAAGAUUAUCUGAUGCACAAGCUUUGAUUCUUAGAAUGAUUAGGAGAAGUGGGGUUUCGAGGGUUGAGGUUGUUGAGGCUUUGGUAUCAUCGAUAUGUGGCAAUUGUGGGACUAAUAAUUUGGUUUUUGAUUUGUUGAUAAGAACGUAUGUGCAAGCUAGGAAGUUAAGGGAAGGGACUGAGGCGUUUAGAAUUUUGAGGAGUAAAGGGUAUUUGGUGUCUAUAAAUGCUUGCAAUAGUCUUCUUGGAGGGUUAGUGAAGAUAGACUGGGUUGAAUUGGCAUGGGAAGUGCAUAGGGAAGUUGUUAGAAGUGGGAUUGAAUUGAAUGUUUAUACAUUAAACAUUAUGGUCAAUGCUUUGUGUAAAGAUGGUAAAUUUGAUGAUGUCAAGUCAUUUUUAAGUGAGAUGGAGGGACAAGGGGUUUAUGCAGAUAUGGUGACUUGCAACACUUUAAUUGGUGCAUAUUGUCGUGAAGGACUUUUAGAAGAAGCUUUUGAGAUAAUGAACUCUAUGGCAGAUAAAGGUUUGAAACCGAGUCUUUUUACAUAUAAUGCUAUUAUAAAUGGUCUGUGUAAAAAGGGAAGAUAUGCUAGAGCAAAGGGAAUUUUGAUUGAGAUGCUGAACAUUGGGUUGAGUCCUGAUACCACAACGUAUAACACAUUGCUUGUUGAGAGCUGCAGAAGAGACAAUUUUUCUGAAGCCAAAGAAAUUUUUGGUGAAAUGUUACGUCAGGGUGUUGUUCCUGAUUUAGUAAGCUUUAGUUCCCUUAUUGCAGUUUUUUCAAGGAACAGACACCUUGAUCAGGCAUUGGUGUACUUUAGAGAUAUGAAGAAAUUUGGUUUGGUUCCAGAUAAUGUGAUUUACACUGUUCUUAUGCAUGGUUAUUGUAGAAAUGGCAAUAUGUUGGAGGCAUUGAAGAUACGGGAUGAAAUGCUGGAGCAGGGUUGUGUCUUGGAUGUGGUUGCAUACAAUACUAUAUUAAACGGGUUGUGCAAAGAAAAGAUGCUCACAGAUGCAGAUAAGCUGUUCGAUGAGAUGGUGGAAAGGGGUGCACUCCCUGAUUUUUACACUUUCACCACACUUAUUCAUGGCCAUUGUCAGGACGGGAAUAUGACUAAAGCACUAAGCUUGUUUGGGACAAUGACUCAAAGGAAUAUCAAACCAGAUAUCGUGGCAUACAAUACAUUGAUUGAUGGGUUUUGCAAGGUGGGUGAAAUGGAGAAAGCCAGUGAGUUAUGGGAUGGUAUGAUCUCUAGGAAGAUUUUCCCCAACCACAUUACAUACGGCAUAUUAAUAAACACGUAUUGUAGCGUGGGCCAUGUGUCUGAGGCCUUUAGAUUGUGGGAUGUGAUGAUUGAAAAGGGUAUUAAACCCACCCUUGUCACUUGUAACACUGUUAUAAAAGGCUACUGUCGGUCAGGUGAUUCAUUGAAGGCUGAUGAGUUCUUGGGCAGGAUGAUUGCUAAAGGAGUUGCUCCUGAUCAUAUUUCGUAUAACACCCUUAUUAAUGGUUUUGUGAGAGAAGAUAAUAUGGACAAAGCUUUUCUUUGGAUUAAUAAGAUGGAAAAAGAAGGUCUGUUGCCUGAUAUUAUCACGUAUAAUGUAGUUAUGAAUGGCUUCUGUAGGCAGGGUAGGAUGCAGGAGGCUGAGCUGGUCUUACAGAAAAUGACUGAGAAAGGGAUAAAUCCCGAUAGGUCCACAUACACAGCUUUGAUAAAUGGACACGUCACCCAGGACAACUUGAAUGAGGCAUUUCGAUUCCAUGAUGAAAUGCUUCGAAGAGGAUUUGUCCCUGAUGAUGUUUUUUAAUUUGAUCACCAUACUGCUGCCUCUCAUUGUUGAUAAAGGCCAUGAACCCUGGACAACUUGAGAGUUCAGUUUCAUGGUAAAAUGCUGCUAAGCAGAUCCAUUCCAGCAGACAAAUCCUUGUUAUUCAGUUCUUACAGCCUUUGUACUUGCUGGACUCAGUUGUCUCUUUGCCAGAGAUGCUCAGAGAGUUUAAAAAACAGAGGUUGAUUUCAUUUGUGUGAGGUGCUCCAUUUUUGUUCAAUCAUAGAUGCUCUUGACGAAGGUUUAAAGAGCCUUGUCUAUCAACUGUGAGCAAGGGUGUUAUCUAAACUCUUGGUGUUAAGUGUGAGCAUAGCUGAUAAAUUCCAUUAAAAAAACUAUUAUCUGCGGUGAAUUCAGAGUUAUGUGGAUGAGAACAAUGAAUUUACCACUUUACCCUUAAAAAAAAAGCCUUUUGGCUAGACUUUGAGGGCAUGGUUGUCUUUUUAGUGGGGGCAUUUUGGCAUUUUUAAUUGAUAGAGGGCACGAGAGGUGUUUACUUAAAA